UGGGGCUACUGUAUCAUGCCUGACCUGCAUGUGACGCGAACCUCGAUCUCGACACGAGCACUCUCUGGUACACCUUUGCUGGUUUUGACAUGCCGCGGCUCAACUCGGUAACCCCAGGCGUGGGCUCCGGUCGUUAAUGUCGGAUCAAUGCAAACGUCUCACAACGGCUUAGGCCAGAUGCAACUACCAGCCCUCGGUCACUAUGUGUGUAAAACCAUCCUGAACUCAAAAGUGGAACCGGCGAUGAUGGGAAGUGUUCUUGUCUCUUUCUAGACCUGUGGCCGUACUGUUCAAAUGACAAUGCAUCCCGCGACCAGUUUGUCGUCGAACUUUUGCCCUUGCUGCAUCUUCGAAUCGAGCCCUGGUGGUCACCUGUAGUAACUCGAUCUUAUCACAACGAUGGCAGACUUGAUACGCAGGCGACUGUACGCUAUCUUCGAAGAUGAUCACCCUGGACCUAGAGCACACCAACACAACUCUACAUUGGCUAGAGCGAUGUACAGUGCUCUUUCCUGUCUUCCAUUGAUCGUUACCUGUUAUCUCUUCUGGCGUCGAGUCAAGGAAGUUCGUUGGCACACCAUCCGAUACAUCUCGUGGAUACGGUUCCUCGUCUAUUCCAGCUACAUCGUCUCUAUCGCCUUUUUCGUUACGUCCAUCUUGAUCUCGGGUGUCGGCAUCCACACUUCUGGCUUUUGCCGGACAGCGAUCUAUUUUUGCAUCGGCUUCCUCUUCAUCGGCAGACUCACAAUCCAGUUCUUUCUCAUAGAGAGAGCUCACAUUGCCAACGUCGAUUAUCUUCGUCGUCGGGAUGAUCCCAUCUGGCUACUGUCCACAAGCUGUGUGGGUGUCUUUGCGACCUUUCUACUCAUCUGGGCCUUCUUGAACCCUGUCGCCUAUAUUGCCAACAACGAUGGAAGAUGUCGUAAGGGUAUCCCUCCAGAGGUAGUCGCACCACUGGAGUUCUAUGAGUUUGUCACCUACGUAGUGCUCACCGGAGUCUUCGUCGUCAUGCUUAGAAGGACCAAGCAAGUCGCCCUCUUCGAAACUCCACAACGAUUCGUUACCUUUGGCAAGAGACUCAAUCGUCUAAGCCAUGUCGCCAGACCUAGCAGUCCAAAGAAGAGUGCCGAUAUCGAGGAGCUGGAGUUUGACUCUACAUCGAACGGGGUCGUCUUGCCUGCCUCUACGAAACCUUGCAAGCUUCGUGGUCUGGCAUACAAGUCGUUGAUCGGUACGAUCUUGAUUUUAGGCUGGGGUGUCAUCAACUCUACCAUCUUCUAUGUUACCGAAGGAAGAGAACACGUGUGGCUCUGCUUCACACAAUGUAACAUGGACAUCUUCCUAUCGGUCUGUGUUCUCCACUGGCUGACAGCAAACCCAAAAGAUCUCGAACGCAGUAUGCGAGAUACCAGACCUUCAGUCAACGAGUUACCUGUGUUCUUACGAGGUGAUUCGAUAUCAGAACCCGAGCCUGUUAAGCUAUCAGCCACGUCGUCGACGUAUGCUAUAUAAGCGUAGCACAUGCUUUUUUUGUUGUUGUAGCGCUAUACCAUAUAAGUAAUAGAUAGACAUCUGCAGGCAGAGAAUGUCAUGUGUCAUGAGUUCAUACC